UGGAGAAAAAUUUGAAGAAAUAACAUAUAGGGUUACCAAUUGAUGAAGAAGAAGAUGAAAUUGAAGAAAUUGGAGCUUGGAGAAGACUGCCCACCACUCUCCGGAGCUUUUGCCACCUCCGGUUCGCGUUUGCCGGCCGUCCGCCGCCGCGGCUAGGCCGCGGCUCUCUUGUCGUUGCUCCUCGUGUGUUUCCCCCCCUUUUUCCCAUCUUGUGAAGCUUCAAUUUAUAGAAUGGAGGAGCCAAAUUCUUCCGUUGGAGCAUUGAUUUUGGCGAACGUUGGAGAAGAGCCGUUGGAGAUGGCGUUACUUCUAUCGCUGAAGAAGGAGUCGAUGAACUUCCAUUCUCCGUUAUUCCGUGCGUGAGAUCCAAUUGGGGAAGAGAAAUGUGGCUUGGUCUUUUUCUAUAUGUUGGUGGGGUUGGGCUCCGGCCCAAAUUCUAUCUCUUCUUUUUAAACUUGAACUUCGAUUUGGUCUUUUGCUAUAUUUUUCUCCAAAAAAUAAGAUAUCUAAUAACUUGGGUUAAGAAAAAUAAAAUAUAAAAAAAAUUGUAAAAAAUGAUUAAAAAAACUACUAUUUUUAAAAAAAAUUAAAAGAUUGUAAAAAUGAGAAUUAAAAGAAAACUAAGCUAAACAACUAAAAAUCAUAAUCUAAAAAUAUUAAAAAUGCCUAAAAAUAAAGAAAAAAUACUAACCCAAAACCAACUUAUCAAAUAUCCCCACACUUAAGAGUUGAACGUCCUUGUUCAAGGGCCAAAAAGAAUAUUUUAUUUCUUUUUAUCAUCAUCAAGAAAAAACAAAGUGAACUUUAAACCCCCACACUUAAGACUUUAUGCUCAUUAAAAUUUUAAAAACAAAGAGAGCUAGAAAUCCUACAAGGAUGGAAAACUAAGGUGUGGAUUUUUUGGGUUCUAUCAAAUGCUCUAAAGCUACUACAAAAAAGUUUCCUAGAGGAAUCCUAUGGCUUAGAACGGCUCAAUAGCAGCGGUAGCAAGGUUCAUCAAUAAGCCUAAAAAUAUAUAAAAAUCACACAAUUUUCUAAAAAUAAAGAGCUCCUAAACUGGUUUCUCUGUGUUUUUUCAGAUUUUAAUAUCAAGCAAUGGUUGAUUAAACAGCAUCUAGAUAGUAUGUGGAUGGCCAGUUCUAGAAAACAAAAUUCUAAGGGAUUCCUAGAAGGAUUUCAAACAUUUUAAGGUCAUUUUUAUCAAGAAAGAGCAUAAGACUCAAUGCGGAUUUAUAAAGUAUACACUUGCUAUCUUUCAGAAUAAAGCCCCAAGAAAAACAAUGAGGUUUUUGGGUCAAUUUUGAAAACAAUGCUCUAAAUAAGAAGAUUUGCAACUAAGAAUGAAAAUAUUUGGACCUAUUUUUUUGAAAAAAAAAUUUGCCCCAAAAGUUUUUUUAAGCAAUGACACAAGCAUGAGCACCUCCCCCCACACUUAAAAUGUGCAUAGUCCCCAAUGCAUCUAUAUGGUAUCCAAAUGGAAAUAUUAAGCAAGCACGGACUUAGCAAAGAGAGAAGGGGAGAGGGAAAUGCAACAAAAAAAACAAAGUAUACGCAGCAUCAACUCAUCACUUUUCCCUCCUUAAAGUGCUCGAUGGACCCAAAAUCUGCAAAAACAUGGCUAAGACCAAGUCUUUUUAGCUUUGAAGAACUAAAAUUCAGAUUCAAAGAAAUGCAGAUUUCAAGCCUCAAGUCAGGUUCCAGAAAACAGAUUCUUGUGCUUUUUCGCACUUCCAAAACAAAAUGCAGCAUAUGAGAAGGUAAAGUUAUGCCAUGUAGGUCCAAAGUCGUAGCUCAUAUGUAUCCAUUAAACAUCAUAUUUCAGCAAAUUUGCAUCUAAUGAACUCAAAAAUCAGAUUGAACACUAAUAAAAGAUUGCAGAUUUGUUUAUAUUUCAGCACGUAUAAGCUGUAAAAAGUGUAAAAUUUUCAUUUUGCACUCAAAAAAUCAGCUUAAAAGUCCAAAAAAUAACUUUUCAAAAUGCAGAACUUUUCAUUAGUAUCCAAAAAAUCAGCUUAAAACAAUGCAGGUGUCUCAAUCUUCAGCUUAAGUAUCACCAUAUUAUAACACCCAAACCUUAAGGAAAAUGAAAUUUUACAACAGAGAAACCAUUGGGUACUUGAGACCGCUGAUCUGGAUCAGAAUUUUGCACAUUACUAAUGCAGAUAUUUACCAUUGAAGCACAAAAAUCAGAUUUGAAUGGGUAGGUAAUUCACGUUUGCAAGCAAAAUUAUGACUUUAUAGUGCAGAUUCUCAUUGUGCAAACUGUAAUAUCAGAAACCAAACUUCGAACACAAAAAGGAUAAGGAAACUGAAGCUUAAACCUGGGACAGCUGGAACUACUGAUUUGGAUCAUAUUUCACUUUUUUUUUCUACCUGGACUUGCUGUUUCAAACCAGAUUUUGCACCAUUUCUGUGCAGACUUUCACUCCAAAGGAGAAUACUUCUACCUAUAACUUAAUAGACCUUGCAUUUUCACUCAAAUAAAUGGUUAGAAGCAUACAUGGAGCAAAAAUAGACCAUUAAACAAGCACCAAAAGCAGCAAUAUUUCUGAACUCUUGAUGAUGAAAUUUUUUCGAUUUUUCUGAUUUUUUUUUCUUCUGUUUUUAUGAUUUUUUUGUGUUUUUAACAAAACCAAAAGAUUAAUAAGCAAACAAUAAUACAAAUUAAAUAAACAGCAAGAAAAGUAUGUGGGUUGCCUCCCAUAAGCCGCCCGGUUUAAAGUCUUUGGCUAGACACAGUUUACUACUUGCCAAUACAUAUUCAAUUUAACCAUCAAGUAGUAAAGAGAAAUAAAAGUGUUUCUUUAAAACAAAUAAAGAGUAAAAUCAAUAUAUGCCUUCAAAUUUCAGCUUAGGAUGCAGUUCUUAUACCAAAAUUUUCACAGGAUGCUCAAUUAAAAAUCAAAUCCUAAGUGCACAUUUAAACUAGAAAUCAAAGUGCUGGAAAUUUGGUCUCUAUUCACUCCCACGCAGUGAAAAAAAACAAAAGCAUGUUUCUAUGCAAGCUUUAAACUAUCAAAGUUUAAAUAUCAACAAAGAAGCAACUAAAGAACUUAUAAUCAACAUUCAAAUCAGAAAAUCAUUGCAGAUUUUUCAAAAGAAUGAACACUUUAGAUCUGAUUUUUAGAAAAUUCAGCCUUUAGGGCAUAAAAUCAGCUUGUAAAAAUAUGUUAAAUUCUCCCAAAUCAGUUCCUAUGUAAGUUUUUGACGAUUAAAGUUCAUAAUUCAACAAAUAGGCAUCUAGGAACUCAAAUUCAGCAUGAAAAUCAAGCAAAGAUGUUGCAGAUUUUUCCACAAAAACAGCAGUGUAGGUCUGAAUUUUAGCAAAUUCAGCUUCUAAACCAAAAAAUCAGCAUAUAAACAUCAUGAUAUGCUUCUAAAUAUUGUCUCUAAGCAAAAUAUAGCAAUCAUGGUUCAUAUUUCAAGCAUAUGAGCAUAUAUUUAGAAGCAUAUGAGCAGUUCUAGAGACAAAAAUCAGCACAUACAUUAAAUUAAAAAGUGCAGAUUUUUAGAAAAAUCAGCAACUUUAAAUCAAAUUUUAGAGCAAUGCUGCUCUUUUCGUUCUCUUGCAAAACAAUUAUCCGGAUGCAUAAUUGACAUAUAUCACCAAGAAUCCACAAGUAAAAGUUUUGAGCAUGGUGCUCAGUUUGCAAAUUUAGAAGUAAAUAUUCAAGAUUUAG